AUGGGACCCUGGGAACGCCUCAUCGAGACCGUCUUCGUUCGCCCCAAGAGACCGCGCGUCGAGCUCGCGGUGACCGGCCUUCCGGGCGCGGGGAAGACGUCGUUCGCGCACGUCCUCGCGACAGGAUCGUUCGACCCCGCGACGCUCCCUUCGCGCGCGCACACGUACGACAUGACGACGAUCACGAAGGAAGGGUUCGCGCUCAAGGUGUGGGACGUCGCGCGCGGGGGGGCGUUUCAAACGAGGUGGGAGAGGUACUGUCGAAACUGCCGCGCCGUCGUCUUCGUCUUCGACGCGUCCGACCGCGACGUGUCGCACAUAACCGACGCUCGCGAGGCGUUACACGACCUCAUGCGCAGGUCCACGCUGCACAACGUCCCUCUGCUCGUGCUCGGGAACAAGAGCGACAGGAAGAACGCGAUGACGGCGGGCGAGUGCGCCGACGCGUUGCGGCUCGACGACUGCGCGUCCGUGUCCUGCGCGCGCCUCGACGGGCUCGACUACGCGAUGGACUGGCUCGCGCGAGAGGCGACGCCGAAGGUGAAGCGCGAGUGA